AUGCCCCGAAAACGAAGGUCUGAAGACGUUGACGCUAUGGUUACUGCCACAUCUCCAAUAAAGAUUAAGGUGGAACAGUUUAUUGAGGAGACAGCAAGUAUGGAUGUAUAUAUUCCAGCACUUGAUCGUUUUGCUGAAGACACUUCAAUGUUAGGUUUCAGAUAUCUGCAUACAAGAUACAAAACGUGGUUUCGAGUUCUUUGGGGAUUUGUUGUCGUUUUUUUCAUUGGAUUGACAUUUUAUCAAGUUUUCGAACGGGUCAACUAUUACUUUAUCAAGAAUCCAUUAACGACGAGAAGAAGUUAUGAGACACUUUCAAACAUGUAUUUUCCAACAAUUGGAGUUUGUAAUAAGAUGCAGUUGAAAGCUUCUUCUGUUGCUUCGAAGAAUCCAGAUCUACUGCGGGGAAUGUGCAGUGUUCUAGAUGAAACGACUUCGAAUUCAACCCGAUUUGAUGAACUGGACAAGUUUGAUGAUGUGGAUAUUCUGGAUCUGUAUCGAAAUUCUAUUCAGUCGGUGGACGAUUUAUUUGUUAGCUGCGAGUUUGGAAAGAGUGGUUCCUGCCAAGAUGAGAUUCGUCCGAUGUACACUCCGUAUGGUUUAUGCUACUCUGUUUCCCCGAAUAAAACCAUUCUAAGACCUGGACCUGAAACUACACUGUCUUUGGUUCUAAAUCUUGAAGUACACGAAAUCAUACCUGGAACUGUUGUUGAACCAGGUGUCGUCCUUUCGAUUUAUGACGGAGCCAGUUCUCUUUCUCAUUAUUCUGAAGGAAUACAUCUGGAAGCAGGAAAAGUGGUUACUAUUCCAGUGAACGAAGUUCGAAAACUCCGUCUACAUGAAAGUAGUUGCGGAUCUACAAAAAUGGAAUCUUUCUCUGAAAAAGAGUAUUCAAAAGCAGCAUGUGAAUGGUCCGUUAGUGUAAAACAAAUUGAAAAAGAAUGUGGAUGUAUCCCGAUUCGAAAUCCAAUUUAUCGAGGAGUUUUUGACAAUAAAAAUGACCAAGUCGACAACUCCACCGAGGUUCCAAAAAAGAAAUACAAAAAAUGGAAAAAGAGGAAAAUUCCGAGAUGCACUUUGAGACAGGAAAUUGAAUGUGUUCAAGAAAAAUUGAACAUUCGUCCUCAUAUUGAUGACACCACAUGUCCGGAUGACUGUGAAGAUAUAUCGUUUUCGUCAAUUGUGUUUGGAGGAAAGUUGAGUGCUUCGGAGAUUGUUUCAAUGCUUCCAAGUGACUGGGAAGAUACAAAAGAAAAACGUCUAACUGCUUACCAGAAAGCAUUAGAAGUUAUUCCGAACAGAAUGAUUCCAGUUGUGCGGAACGUUCAACAACUCGCUGAUGAGUUACAAUUGUUUGUCAAAGAAGCCUCGGAAAUAUUCGGAGUUUCGGACAAGUUCAACGAUGUGAAAUGUCUUUCUAUAGAUGGUCGAAGUUACGAAAGUUUCAUCAAUCAAUUCUACUCAUAUGAGCCCACUUGGGAGAGAAUCACUACGUUGGUAUUUAUUAGUUACCUGAAAGUUUUGUAUUUCAGAUAUCUUCAACAUUCACUCGCUAGGGAACUCAAUAGUACUGCUCUAUGCCUUGGAUUAGCUCUGAAUGAUAAAGGAGAGAUUGAUGAUACAGUUACACCAGUAGUCAAUAUGACUCUGGCUUCCAUUGCUCUUCUUCAACUAGGACAAAUUGAACAUUCUCUUGGAAGGGUAAACUUCAAUUACGGAUUGACCAUGAUGCAUGAAACGACAAGAAGAGUUGUGCUGGAACUAGGUUUUUGUUUUUUUUAUUAUAGAAAAAUGCAUAUUAUAGCUCAUCCACUGAUAACGGAAGUGAGAGAUUGUGUGACGAAAAUGUACGAUAACUUAGAAAGAGUGGAGGAAAUUGCUGAUGACUGUAGAAUGAUUUUCAAAAGUCACUACCAGCCAUUACUCGAAGCAUCGAAUGUGCACACGAAAACCAAUCCUUCAUCAGAUUCUUUCAAAACUUAUACGGAAUACGUUAAGAAAGUAUUGAGUAAACUUCAAGUGAUGAAGACAAGAGUCAGAAUGAAUGAUUGGAAAGAUUUCAAUAUUGACUUGAAAGAAUUCGAGUCAUUGUACCGAGAAAUUGCGAAGGAUCAUGUGGAAAUUGAAGAAAUGCUGAAAUUAAGAAAAACAAUGGUAACUGAUAUCCCAAAACUGGCUAGUGAACUAUCUGAAACAUUCAUGGCAGUGACUGAGAGUAGAAGGAAAUUUGCAGUCUUAACUGGAAUUUCAGCAGAUGAAAGUUUCAGUGAAAAGUUCUCAAAUUUCUCAAAGUGUUUGGAAGAGCUGAGCACAAAAGCUCCAAUUUUGAAAGUGAGAUUCCUAGUAAAAAACAAUUUUGAUGUUCGUUCUCUUAUUCAGAAAAGUCGAUUCAUCAGAGGAGAAUGGCUUUCGAGGCUACGAAACCAAGUCCUGAUGGCUCAAUCUUAUUCACCAACCCAUCAAUAUGAUGUG